AAUGUUCUUGUUACAGAAGCUUGAAGUUCCAGUUUUGUGUUGGACUGAUCAAAAUCAUUCUACAGUGUUGAGCUUCUUUCAUUCUGUAUCUGAGGAGUCAAAAACAGUUUAGAGUGAGGGCUUUUCAUUGGAUAUGACCACAGCAAAAAAUCUUUUAAGAAUUUCAAAGGACUGCAUUGAAGACUAAAGUUUGCCGUCUUCCGUGAGCUGCUUCACAAACAAUGGACCAAUCUGACGCUGAUCAGUUGAACCCUCUGAUGUCUCGGGUUCCAGAGGACAACAGCAGGGACAACAGACCUUUCCCACUGCCUGCCUGUGUUUCCUCUGGGUUGGCAGCAGUUAUUUCCGUCUUUUGCAUUGGACUGGUGUCAGGAGCUGCAGGAGGUCUUCUGCUGGGAGCGACAGCAGUCGUUAUGCUUCAGUCCCUGGAGCUUCUGGCUGACAACAGGCUGUUCAUGGAGCAGUUAGAAAAAUACAUUCUCCGCGAUUAUUUUUUGGGAUGGAAUUUACCAAGAUAUUUUCACUGGGAAAGAGAUGAACUAGUGCACGACAUCAAGAUAUCCAUAUUUGUAGUGAUGUUUGGUGUUUUUUCCUCAACCUUGUCAUUAGCUGCAGGUAUCUAUAUUGGAUUAUCAACAUAUUCACUGGUGAUUAAAAUAAAAGGUGAAGGAGCGAUGGGGAAGGCCCUGGCUUUGGCUGGCCUUGUGUGUGUCACAGGUGUCACUGCAACUGGAUACAUUGUGGGCUUUACUUUAGAAAAGUUUAUAUCCAUUAGUUUACAUGUUGAUAUUUACUUGUGGAGUCCCACUAUAGGAGCUCUGAUAGGGGUUGCAGGGGCAGUAGGGGUUUCUCUUUCUGCAGCAGUGGCAGUAGCAGACCAGUUUGGACAAGCACUAGACCGCUAUGGGGUUGUAGGAAGGUUGGGGCUGACAGUGGGGGCCGCUGAGUUCUAUUAG